CAUCCAGGUGGCCUGGGUUGUGAAGCAGCCACUGAAAUCGAGCAUGACCACAGUUGGGCAGUGGCCAUUCAUUAUGGUGGACAGAUUGGUGGCUGUCAUAUCGACAUCAAAAGCUGCGCAGUGAUUGCAGCAGACUAGGUAUCUGACAUGACUGCUUUCACAGGUGGCCCUGCCUCUGAUGGGGUAGGAUAAACCUGAGACAGGACUGGAGAAGGUAGUGCUGGAUGGGUGGAUUGGGCAGGUCUUGCACGUGGUCUUCCCCAGAGAUAUGCUCCCUGGAGCAAGGGAUUGAGAGGGGGAGUGGCAUAGAGAUGGACAAGGAUGUUGUUCAGGUUGGGUGGAUAACAGAACAUCACUUUAGGGGGGUUUGGAAGGAUUUUUGGGCAUGAAGAUAAAUCAUCAAAGCCCUGGCAAAGGGUGUGGUCCAGUUGCUCCAAUGAAUGGCGAUAAUGGGUUACUAGAGGGACACAUCUUUGUAGCUGAUUCUUGAGGAUGCUUAGAGUAUAGAGGUGUGUGAGGAAAUGGCACAGAAAAUUUGUUUUUGAACUGGAUUUUAGGUGUGGGAGAGGUUUUGAAGUUGUGGAGGAAUGAGGAUAGGGUGUCUUGCCCAUAUUAUCAAGAUAUCAUCAGUGAACCUUAACCGGAAUAAUGGUUUGGGGUUUUGGGAGGCUAGGAACGUUUUCUGUAGAUAGCCCAGAAAACGUUUGGUGCAGGAAGGUGCCACCAGUUAAAGCAACCAUGCCUUAUACCACAUCUGCUGCAAUCACUGCACAACUUUUUUGUUGGCAUGACAAUGAACUGUCUAUCCACAAGAAUGAACGGCCAUCAUCAAACUGAGGAAAGAAUAAAGUUGCAUACCGUGUGACACAACAUGCAGCUGAGCACAACCUGCUUGAUUUCAGUGACUGCUUCACAACCUGGACCAUCUGGAUCCUUCACCCAAUCACCAGCAUUUCAGAACUAUGCAAAUGGGAGUUCUCCUUGCAACACUCCUUCACUCCCAUAACCCUGUUGGCCUCAGUUUUCUUUAGCUCACUUUUCUCAUACCCUCCACCCACCAGCUACCCUUUCCUCUGUCCUAUCAUUCCCUCCCAAUUCAUGUCCUCACAUCAUCAUACCUAGCCUGUGCACUUGCCAUCCAUCCCUCCCCCUCCCACAUUCCUAGCCAGCGAAUUGACUGCCUCCCUCCAAGCCACUAGCUACACACCCCAAACCCUCUUCCUUUCUCCCACUUCUCUCUCCAUCUACCCACACUACCCAACAUAAAUCUUGCCCCAUCCUGUGUGUGUGUUUCUUUUAGACAUGUAUUAGUACUCUCGUUUGAGAAACGAGUCACUCCAAAAGCAAGCAAACUUUCCUUCUCUUUUGUGUGUGCUCGUCAAUGACUCAACAUCUCUGCUACUUGGUGAGUGGUUCCCUUUAUGUCUAAGUUAUUUACUUUUGACCAAAAUUUUCCUGCUAUAUUUAAUCUUCAUUUUGUAAGGUGCUGAACAUAUUGCCUAAUUUGAUCUCUUAUACCUCCCUAUUCUCAAAUAAAUAACCGUAUAAUCAUAAUUUGUAUUUCUGCCAUCUUGCCUGAUGAGUCUAUUUUUCCCAGGUUUGUAUUUAUUUUUAGCCUGCAUCCUAUGGAUCUACAGUCACUUGAAACUGUAACAUGGUGAAGGUUAUAACAUUUAGGCUUGGGAGGUUUGGUCCAAUAGGCCUUGCUGCCUAUCGUUAUUUUAACCUCCCAUACCAGUCUUGGGAAAUGAAACCUGACCUCAAGAAUGGGGGAAUAAUACUGAGCAUAACAGCUACAGUUGUCAUUGUGGAGUUUCAUAUAAAGGGGGACAAGGUGUGCUUAAAUGCCCUGCAGAAUGGUGCAACUAAUGCUCUGCAAGAUAUUGUUGGGACAUACUUCAAACCAUAUUUUCUAAUUAAGCGGAUGAAAAGAGGGGGAGUUGACAUCUUCCCACCAGUUGAUGCCUUUUGUUAUGUGGAAGGUUCUGCACCCAAACACUGUGUGGCAGAGGACCACCUGUAUCACUGCAUGGCACAUGCUUCUAGUGUUUACAACUUUGCCUGGAGUCGCUGGAAUCUGUUAGCUGGGAGACGUAAUAUGAUAUUACAGAUGCGAGAGUAUCUUGACCGUAGGAGACUAGCAAACCACAGUACUCUGCAUGCAACACCUUUGAAAGCCACCCUUGUUGACUGCACCGAGUUCAGCCAGUCAUUUGUAUCAGAAGUAGUUCCUGGCCUAAAGUUUUAUGCAGAUCUUUAUCACUUGCUGCAACAUCAGGCGUCACCACAGGCCAAAAAAAUAAUGAAGGAUGUUUCCUAUUCUCAAGUGCACACGGUGCAUGAAAUGCUGCAAAAAACAAGAGUGCUCAGCUAUUCAUGAUUAAUUAUAAAUGAUUUACAUUUAUAUUUGUUUUAUGUUUUAUGUAAUGUGUAAUGCAGUAUAUUUGUACAGCAUUUUAUUAUACAGUCUUGUACUUUAU